GUUGGAUACCGUUGGUGUCGCUUACUCGCGACUAUUUGAAAUAUGGAAAUUAGCUAUGUGUACGCCAAAAGGCGAUCGGAAUUCGGAAGACAGUGCAACUUCAGUGACAAAAAUGCAGAAAUGUUAGUUGAAAUACUCCCAGAUGUUGAUGUAUCACAUAAGUUUAUCGAAAUGAAUCCUAUCGACAAGGGUGUUCAGUCAUCGCAAGAAAUGUCCGAACACGAAGCUAACACUGAAAGAUAUCGUUCGGAAUCUCGAGGGAUGAACCAUACAGAAGGUGGCUGGCCAAAGGAUGUCAAUGCACAGGAACCUGACCAGGUUAUAAGGUAUCGGAAGAAGGUUGAAAAAGAUGAGUUGUAUAUUGCAACAGUUCAUAAACUUGGAAACGUAAGUCCUACAUUAUGGUGACAGUAUCGUAGAUUAUGGAGCACUGCAUUAAACAAAACAAUGCACUGAAUAUUUAUGAAAAUUAUUUCGAAGAUUUCGAUGUGAACACUUCCGAAGACCCUCCAUCCGCUAAGACUAUAACCGUCUUAAAAGAUAUGAGCGAUCCAAAACGAAGCAUUGCACACAUAUCUUGGUAUCCUGAUGGUCCAACAAAGUUGGCUAUCGCCUACUGCAACACUGAAUUUAAGUCAGUUUCUGGAAACACCUCAAACGAGUCAUACAUAUGGGAUGUCACCAAUCCCAACAGACCUGAACUGACGCUUAAAACAGCCUCUCCGCUUGUCUGCAUUGAGUAUAACCCUAAAGACUCCCACACAUUAAUUGGUGGCUGUUAUAACGGACAACUUUCAUUGUGGGAUAGACGCAGGGGCUCCAACCCUGUUGAAGUCUCACCGAUUGAACACAGUCACAGAGAUCCCGCCUGGAAAGUGAUUUGGAUACAAUCUAAAACCGGAACUGAAUGCUUUUCUACGGGUACUGAUGGUCAAGUUUUCUGGUGGGAUGUCAGGAAAAUGUCUGAACCCACGGAGUUUCUUUAUCUCGAUCCCACCAAGAAACAAGACUUUUCGUGUGCUCAAGGAGCUUAUGUAUUGGAAUAUGAGUCCACCAUACCCACAAAGUUCAUGGCUGGUACUGAACAAGGGAUUAUCAUCUCUUGUAACCGGAAAGGCAAGACACCUGCAGAAAAAAUUGUUGCUGCAUAUCCUGGACACAUUGGACCAGUUUACGCAUUGCAGAGAAAUCCAUUUUUUCCGAAGAACUUCCUUAGUGUUGGUGACUGGACUGCUCGAAUAUGGUCGGAAGAUAUUCGAGAUUCUGCUAUAAUGUGGACAGCCAACCAUGACUAUGGUCUUUCUGAUGGAUGUUGGAGCCCUGUUCGACCAGCUGUAUUUUUCACUACUUGUCUGGACGGAACAUUAAGCGUUUGGGACAUUAUAUUCAAGCAGGAAGCACCGGCUCUCAAUAUUCAGAUUUGUGACGAACCGCUUCAUUGCCUCAGAGUUCAAGAACAAGGUCGACUUAUUGCAACAGGAUCGCACAGUGGAGUGUGCACAGUUCUGGAACUCUCUGAAGGAUUUUGGACCCAAUCGAAAAACGAAAAAGCUUUAAUAACCUCUAUGUUCGAGAGAGAAACCCACCGUGAGAAAAUUCUGGACGCAAGACAUCGGGAGAUAAAACUACGUAAACAAAAACUCCAAGGGGCAGAUGAAGCAGCUGUUGAUACCGAAGAUGAUUUGGACGCAAAACAAACUGAAGGACUUAUCCGGACUACAGAAGACUUCUUCUUUGAAACGAUUGAACGCAAACGUAAGGAACGCGAACUGAAAGAAAGAACUGCUGUAGAUUCAACUUCUUUUCCGGAUGACAAACAGGAUAACAUGGUUCUAGAGGAAGAAGAGGAACGACAAACAUCAAGCGACGAUGAGGACGACAACGGUGAUAAGGAAGGCGAACCAGAAGGCAUGCAAUCUGAAGUGAACGAAUCCAAUGAAGCUAGCUAAACAUAGUCGGAUGAUCGAAAUUGUUUAAAUGUUUCCCUUUUUGGAAUCCACUGACGUUAAGUGCAGUCGGAUGAACUACUGAGGUGACGUUUUCCUUUUAGAUAGGAAGUAUGAAUACAGGUAAUAAGUUCCGACAGGAAAAUUUUGUAUACCUAAAAGCUGUUGCUAAUUUCAAAAUUUUUCUUACUAGUAUUAUUUAUACUUGUUGGGAAAACCAUGUCAAGAAAGUGACUGACUGACCAUCUCUAGUAUCUACGACUAUGCGUUAAUUAUCUGCGAGAUAUUUCAUUUUGUUUUAGGAACUAAGAUUCACACUUUCUAAUACGCAGGUCAAUUAUAAAUAACAGAUUGAUUCUACUAAGUACGAAUGACAGAGCAUAAAACAAACAAAGUACGUAAGCCAUAGCUAAAUACUAUUGGGUUACUGGGAGCUGAUAACUGGUUAUUUGUUAUUUAUCUUUUAUGGAUACUUGUAAGAACUGGUUCUGCGAAU